GAGGAUGCAAUGACAGGUGAUACGGACAAAUACCUCGGACCCCAGGAUCUGAAAGAGCUGGGAGAUGAUUCUUUGCCUGCUGAAGGAUACAUGGGCUUUAGCCUGGGAGCCCGCUCCGCCAGCCUCCGCUCCUUCAGUUCGGAUAGGUCCUACACGCUGAACAGAAGUUCUUAUGCCCGAGACAGCAUGAUGAUUGAAGAACUGCUGGUACCAGCAAAGGAGCAGCACCUGACGUUUCAAAGGGAGUUUGAUUCUGAUUCUCUCAGACACUAUAGCUGGGCUGCAGACACCUUGGACAAUGUUAACCUUGUUUCAAGUCCCAUCCAUUCUGGUUUCCUGGUUAGUUUUAUGGUUGAUGCACGUGGGGGUUCGAUGAGGGGUAGUCGUCAUCAUGGAAUGAGAAUAAUUAUCCCACCACGCAAGUGUACAGCACCAACCCGCAUCACCUGCCGCUUGGUAAAGAGGCAUAAACUGGCCAGCCCACCACCAAUGGUUGAAGGAGAAGGAUUAGCAAGUAGACUUGUAGAAAUGGGGCCAGCAGGGGCACAAUUUUUAGGCCCUGUCAUAGUGGAGAUCCCGCAUUUUGGAUCAAUGCGAGGAAAGGAAAGAGAACUAAUCGUACUUCGAAGUGAAAAUGGUGAAACGUGGAAGGAGCACCAGUACGACAGCAAACAUGAAGACUUAACGGAAAUACUCAAUGGCAUGGAUGAAGAGCUGGACAGCGCUGAGGAGCUAGAGAAGAAGCGUAUCUGCAGGAUUGUCACAAAAGAUUUCCCUCAGUACUUCGCGGUGGUUUCACGAAUCAAGCAGGAGAGUAACCAAAUUGGCCCGGAGGGCGGGGUGCUGAGCAGCACAACGGUGCCGCGCGUCCAGGCGUCCUUCCCUGAGGGUGCUCUAACCAAGAGAAUCCGCGUGGGUCUCCAGGCUCAACCAGUUCCAGAGGAGAUUGUCAAAAAAAUCCUUGGAAACAAAGCAACUUUCAGUCCCAUUGUCACUGUGGAGCCCAGAAGAAGAAAAUUUCAUAAGCCAAUAACCAUGACAAUUCCUGUGCCGCCUCCGUCAGGAGAAGGCGUAACCAAUGGGUACAAAGGAGACACGACGCCUAGCCUUCGACUUCUAUGUAGCAUUACAGGAGGUACUUCGCCUGCGCAGUGGGAGGAUAUCACGGGCACCACUCCGCUGACGUUCUCAAAUGACUGUGUCUCAUUCACAACCAAUGUUUCAGCCAGAUUUUGGCUCGCAGACUGCCAUCAAGUACUAGAGACUGUUGGGUUGGCAACACAGCUUUAUAGAGAAUUAAUAUGUGUUCCUUAUAUGGCAAAGUUUGUGAUAUUUGCCAAAAUGAAUGACCCUGUGGAAUCCAAUUUGCGUUGCUUCUGCAUGACCGAUGACAAAGUGGACAAAACUUUGGAGCAACAAGAGAACUUCGAAGAAGUUGCAAGAAGCAAAGACAUUGAGGUUCUGGAAGGAAAACCUAUUUAUGUUGAUUGCUAUGGAAAUCUGGCCCCUUUGACUAAAGGAGGACAGCAGCUUGUUUUUAAUUUUUAUGCUUUCAAAGAAAAUAGACUGCCAUUCUCUAUCAAGGUAAGAGACACCAGCCAGGAACCUUGUGGUCGACUAUCAUUUUUGAAAGAACCAAAGACUACAAAAGGACUGCCACAAACAGCUGUUUGCAACUUGAAUAUCACUCUGCCAGCACACAAAAAGGAAACAGAGUCAGAUCAAGAUGAUGAGACGGAGAAAGCCGACCGGCGCCAGAACUUUGUCUCCCUUGCUUUACGUAAGCGCUACAGCUAUCUGACUGAGCCUGGAAUGAUUGAACGGAGUGCAGGAGCAACAAGAUCUCUACCUGCUACUUACUCAUACAAGCCAUUCUUUUCAACACGGCCAUAUCAGUCAUGGACAACAGCUCCAAUUACAGUGCCUGGGCAAACCAAAUCAGGCUUUACUUCCUUAUCAAGCUCUUCCUCUAACACUCCUACAGCUUCCCCAUUAAAAUCAAUAUGGUCUGUUUCUUCUGCUUCUCCAAUCAAAUCCACAUUAGGAGCUUCUACCACAUCUUCAGUUAAAUCUGUUAGUGAUGUAGCAUCUCCGAUUAGAUCGUUUCGGACAAUCUCUUCACCAAUAAAAACUGUGGUAUCGCAGCCUCCAUACAAUAUACAGGUUACUUCAGGCUCUUUCGUCAGAGCUCCCGCAGUCACAGAAGCUGCUAGUUUAAAAGGGCUGGCAUCCACUACCACAUUCCCCUCUCGGACAUCUCCAGUGACUACAGCAGGAUCUCUCUUGGAGAGAUCGUCCAUAACCAUGACGCCUCCAGCAUCCCCCAAAUCCAACAUUAACAUGUACUCUUCAAGUUUGCCACUUAAAUCGGUCAUCACAUCAGCAUCUUCACUUUUAUCGUCCCCUCUAAAGUCAGUGGUGUCACCUGCUAAGUCAGUAGUUGAUGCUGUUUCAUCCUCUAAAGUCAUGAUGACCUCGUCUCUCUCAUCGCCAGCAAAACAUGUAGCUGGGCACACAGAUGUACCAUUGCUUAAUGGAUCUGUGUCACCUCUGAAAUACCCAUCUUCUACCAACUUAAUAAAUGGAUCCAAAGCUGCAGCUGUUCUUCAAGACAAGAUCGCUGUAGCUGCACAUUCUGCAAGUUGUGCUGCUAAUGCAGUUGCUGACACAGCUGAGAGAGUGUUUUCAACAGCUACAACAAUGUCAUUUUCUCCACUCAGGUCAUUUGUGUCUUCAGCACCAUCAGCUUUCCAGUCAAUAAGAACUCCUCCUGCAGGUGCUUUGUACACAGCCCUUGGGUCAAUAUCUGCAACUACCUCAUCAGUAACUUCAUCAACAAUAACAGUGCCAGUAUAUUCUGUAGUCAAUGUUUUGUCUGAACCAGCAUUGAAGAAGCUCCCAGAGUCAUCUUCACUUACAAAAUCAGCUGCUGCGUUACUGUCGCCUAUUAAAACAUUGACUACAGAGGCACGCACACAGCCUCCCUUUAAUAGAACUUCAUCUCCGAUAAAAUCAUCCUUGUUUUUAGCACCCUCUGCUCUCAAAUUGUCCACACCAUCUUCUUUAUCCUCCAGUCAGGAGAUACUGAAAGAUGUUGCUGAAAUGAAAGAGGAUCUAAUAAGAAUGACUGCAAUAUUGCAGACAGAUGUCGCAGAGGACAAACCAUUCCAACCUGAGAUCCCGAAAGAGGGUAGAAUUGAUGAUGAAGAGCCCUUUAAAAUUGUUGAGAAAGUAAAAGAGGACUUAGUAAAAGUUAGUGAGAUUCUGAAAAAAGAUGUGUGUUUAGAAAGUAAAGGGUCGGCUAAAGUAUCCAAAAGUGAUCAAGGACACCUGUCCGAGGAUGACUGGGUAGAGUUCAGUACAGAGGAGAUUGAUGAAGCGAGACAGCAAGCUUUGACAAGCCCUCCUAUACCUGUUCCAGAGAAGGUCCAAAUUAAAACUAAAACCAUGUCGGAAAAGGAUUAUAACUUGUCAAAGGUUAUUGAUUACUUAGCAAAUGAUAUCGGUAGCAGUUCACUGACAAACAUAAAGUACAAGUUUGAAGAGGGGAAAAAAGAAGGUGAAGAGAGACAAAAACGCGUUUUAAAACCAGCUAUUGCUUUGCAGGAGCAUAAACUUAAGAUGCCUCCAGCCUCCAUGAGGCCUUCAACAUCAGAAAAGGAGUUAUGUAAAAUUGCAGAUUCCUUUUUUGGAACAGAUACUAUUUUAGAGUCUCCAGAUGACUUUUCUCAACACGAUCAAGAUAAAAGUCCUUUAUCUGACAGCGGCUUUGAAACGAGAAGUGAAAAGACACCUUCUGCCCCUCAAAGUGCAGAAAGCACAGGGCCAAAACCACUUUUCCAUGAUGUACCCAUCCCUCCUGUCAUUACAGAAACAAGAACUGAAGUAGUUCAUGUUAUCCGCAGCUACGAACCAUCAUCCGAAGAAAUUCCAGAGCAGAAAGCAGAGGAGUUACCAGCCUCAAAACCUGCCCCUACGUUUAUGGAGCUAGAGCAAAAACCUGCUGGAUCUAUUAAAGAGAAGGUUAAAGCUUUUCAGAUGAAAGCUAGCAGCAGUGAAGAAGAUGACCACAAGUGUGUUCUUAGUAAAGGUGUCCGAGUAAAAGAAGAAACUCAUAUCACUACGACGACUAGGAUGGUUUAUCAUAAACCUCCAUGCACUGAAAGCACGUCUGAAAGAAUUGAGGAAACAAUGUCUGUUCAUGAUAUAAUGAAAGCCUUUCAGUCUGGACGUGACCCUUCCAAAGAACUGGCAGGUCUGUUUGAACAUAAAUCAUCAGUAACAUCCGAUGUUAGCAAGUCUGCUGAAACUUCACCACAACAUGCAGAGAAGGACAGCAAAAUGAAACCCAAACUGGAGCGAAUAAUAGAGGUCCAUAUUGAAAAAGGUAAUCAGGCUGAACCUACUGAAGUCAUUAUUAGAGAAACAAAAAAGCAUCCAGAAAAAGAAAUGUAUGUAUAUCAGAAAGACUUACCUCGGGGAGAUAUUAACUUAAAAGAGUUGGAAAAACAUGAUGCUUUUCCUUGUUCGGAUGAACAAGGUCAGCAAGAAGAAGAGGAGCUCACAGCCGAAGAGUCACUUCCUUCUUAUCUGGAAUCCUCUAGAGUUAACACUCCCGUGUCCCAGGAAGAAGACAGUCGCCCUAGUUCUGCUCAACUCAUGUCUGAUGACUCUUACAAAACACUGAAGCUUUUGAGUCAGCACUCAAUAGAAUACCAUGAUGAUGAGUUGUCAGAACUAAGAGGGGAGUCUUACAGGUUUGCCGAGAAAAUGCUUCUUUCAGAAAAGCUAGAUGUGUCUCAUUCUGAUACUGAGGAGUCAGUUACUGACCAUGCUCUACCCCUUAGUGCAGAGUUACAGGGGUCUGAUAAACGAUGCAGAGAAAAAGUAGCUACUGUCCCCAAAAAAGAGAUUCUCUCCAAAAUCUAUAAAGAUGUAUCUGAAAAUGGUGUAGGUAAAAUGUCCAAAGAUGAUCAUUAUGAUAAAGUGACAGUGUUACACUACACUGGAGAUGUUAGUAGUCCAAAACACGCGAUGUGGAUGCGCUUUACUGAGGACAGAUUAGACAGAGGUAGAGAAAAGUUGAUAUAUGAAGACAGGGUGGACAGGACUGUUAAAGAGGCAGAAGAAAAACUGACUGAAGUAUCACAGUUUUUUCGGGAUAAAACAGAGAAGUUGAACGAUGAGCUACAGUCUCCGGAGAAAAAGCAGCAUAAAAAAAAUGGCAAAGAAAUACAUUCUAGCCAGAGCUCUGCCAGCAGCAGCCCUGAGAAAGUUCUGCUCUCUGAAUUGCCAUCGUCUGGUGACGAAUGGAGUAAAGCGAAGCAGUACGCACACGAUGGGAAAUGUUUUCCCAAGGUGGAUGAAAGAAAAGCGUCCAGUUUGCCCAGCAGUCCUGAAAAAAGAAUAUUUGUGCAACCUGCAGAGGACUCUAAACAAACUAUGGAACACAAAGGAAGUGCUCAGCAGACUGGAGUACCUGAGGUUUCACAGACUGGAUUUCAGCUGAAGCAAUCAAAGCUCAGUUCCAUUAGGCUUAAAUUUGAACAAAGUGUAAGUCCAAGGAGUAAGGACGUAACUCAAGAAGAAAAAAAGCUGGACAGUCAGUCCAAAAUUCCGGUAAAGAAAUUCCAAGAAAGUAAGUUACCAGUGUAUCAGUUUUAUUCCAGAGAGAAACACGCAAAGCAAGUCGAGGUCAUGGAUGGGAGCACAGCUUUACAGAAAGAGGUGAAAACACAGGAAGAUUUUGUUCCAGGUAAAGGGAAAGCUAUUGAAGACGUUCAUGCUUCUGACACACACCACCAAAGAACUGAGACGAGUAAAGGCAUGCCGGAGUACUUUUCGGAACCACAGGCAAAAGACUUGGCGUAUGGCUCAGACUCAACAACGAAGGGACACUGGGACAAAAAAAUCUAUAGGACGUGGGAAAGUCCUGGAACUUCUAAUCAUAAAACACAAAAAGAAAAACUUUCACAUGUGCUGGUUCCAGAUACAGUAAAAGAAAACCAUGUUGAUCAUGCUGAAGCUAAAACUGAUAAAAAAAGUGAAUUUAUCACUGUGACGGAGCACAAACUGGCGGCAAAUGGAAUUCAUUCAGAAGAAGUGAAGGAAGUGACUGUAAAAUCUCCCUCAAAAAGAGUUUUAUACAGAGAAUUUGUUGUCAGAGAGGGGGAACGUAAUGGUGAAGUGGCUGAUAAAAUAUCCAAAAGGAAAGAAGAAAUUGCUGUGUCCCAUAUUCCAGUCAGAAUUGUUGAGGAGAAGAGAACCAUGCUUGAUGGUGUCUACGAACUUUCAGCUAAAGUAUCCCAGUCAGCUGUGAUUAAGGAGAAAGUUGAGAGGCAGAUUGAUUAUGUGGAAGACGAAAAAAUAAAGCAUUCAGAAAUCAGAAAAGUUACCAAGCAGCAGAGUUCGAUAGGUUUAAGUCCUCCGGUUGAGGAAACGGAGAUAUCCCCUAGCAAGUCACCAGACUCUUUAGAAUGUAGUCCAGGAAAGGAAUAUCCUUCGAGUGAGUUAGUUGAACCAGGUGCCAGUGAUUUCUUGGAUAAAGUUGCACCGCUAGUAAGCAGUGAGGGAGUGAAAGAAAUUAAGACCUUACCUGUUUAUGUCAGUUUUGUUCAAGUAGGAAAGCAAUACGAGAAAGAGGUGCAACAAGGAAAUAUAAAAAAAAUUGUCAGUCAGGAGAGUAAGACAGUACAAGAGACAAGGGGGACGUUUUACACAGCUAGGCAGCAAAAACAACCUCCUUCUCCACAAGGUAGUCCAGAAGAUGACACACUAGAACAAGUGUCCUUUAUAGAUAGCUCUGGUAAAAGCCCUUUAACACCAGAAACUCCGAGUUCAGAGGAAGUGAGUUACGAGUUUACGUCUAAAACACCUGACUCACUAAUAGCUUAUAUCCCAGGCAAGCCCAGUCCUAUACCUGAGGUAUCUGAGGAAUCAGAGGAGGAAGCAGAGGCUAAGUCAACAUCUGUAAAACAGGCAGAAGUUGAGGAACCACAGAUUGACAAAGCAUUGCCUAACCACAUAAAUAAGGACUCUAACAAAAGACCCAAAGGUAACAGAGUUGCCUAUAUUGAAUUCCCUCCUCCUCCACCACUGGAUGCAGAUCAAGGCGAGUCGGAAAAGAAGCUUCACUAUUCCACUGAGAGUGAAAUGGAGAUGACAGAAGUGAACUUGCAAGAUGAACAUGACAAGUGCCAACUGGCUGAACCUGUCAUAAGAGUACAGCCGCCAUCUCCUGUGCCACCGGGAGCAGACAUCAGUGACUCCAGUGAUGAUGAAUCUCUCUAUCAACCUUUUCCACUUAAAAAGUAUAUGUUCAAACUGAAAGAACUGGAAGAUGACCAGAAAGAAACCUCAAAACCCAGAGCCCCUGAAAAGAUUGAGAAACAGAAAGAGUUAGGACAUCCCACUUCGGGGAAACCCAAUGAGUUUGACAUUGGGCUUGAUUCACCCCAGAACGAUGUAGUGCAAAAUGGGAAUAAUAAUGACCAGUCUGUCACAGAGUGUUCCAUAGCAACCACUGCAGAAUUCUCCCAUGAUACCGAUGCGACUGAGAUUGACUCUCUUGAUGGUUAUGAUUUGCAAGAUGAAGAUGAUGGUUUAACUGAGAGUGAUUCUAAACUUGCAGGUCCGGCAGUCGAAACCAAAAAGGACGUAUGGACUACAGAAGGCAUUCUAAAGCAAACUGAUCGCUCCUUUAGCCAGAGUAAGCUUGAAGUCAUUGAGGAGGAAGGCAAGAUAGGCCCUGAAGAAGACAAGGCACCUUUGAAGGGUCCAGCUUCUGAAAGAGCUGGAGAUAAGAGUGAACAGAAGUCAGGGGCACAGUUUUUCAGUUUGGAAGGCAGACACCCUGACAGGACUGUAUUUCCUGAUACGUAUUUCAGUUACAAAGUAGAUGAAGAAUUUGCGACACCUUUCAAAACGGUGGCCACCAAGAGUCUAGAUUUUGAUCCGUGGUCCAAUAACCGAAGUGAUGAUGAAGUGUUUGAGACUAAAUCGAGGGAUGAUGAGGCUAAGCCAUUUGGUCUGGCAGUGGAAGACAGAUCUCAAGCAACAACACCUGAUACAACUCCAGCCAGAACUCCAACAGAUGAAAGUACGCCAACUAGCGAGCCCAACCCCUUCCCAUUUCAUGAAGGGAAGAUGUUUGAGAUGACUCGCAGUGGUGCAAUUGACAUGAGCAAGAGGGAUUUUGUUGAAGAAAGACUCCAAUUUUUUCAGAUUGGUGAGCAUACUUCUGAAGGGAAGUCAGGGGACAAGGGGGAAGGGGAUAAAAGUACAAUCACUGCCAUCACACAGCCACAGGCAGGGGACAGCACUGUAGAAACAAACCUAGAGAGACCAGUAGAAACAACAGCAGUUGAACAUAAGCCCGUCAUCCAGGCCAGUGGAGAUUGCAUGGAACAAACAAUUGGUAGUAACUCACUGGAAAAAUCAUCGGCAGCAGUAAACGCUUCUAAAGUUGAUCCCAAAUUGCGCACACCAAUUAAAAUGGGAAUUUCUGCUUCCACCAUGACUCUGAAGAAAGAUGGCCCUGGCGAAGUGACAGAUAAGAUAGAAGCUGUGAUGCCAAGUGGUCAGGGAUUAGAAAAUGAAACUGUAGCAGUGAUUGCGAGUUCAGCUUCUAGCCAGACAAGCUGUAGGCAAACAGAAAACACUGAUUUUCCAAAAGAUAAUUUUAAUAACAACAACAAUUUGGAUUCAUCUGCUGUCCCUACAGAUGAUAUUACCUGUAAUGUAGUGCUAAAAGAACGUUUGGAACCGAAAUGUUCCCUCCAGAAAGCUAAUCAAGCGAAAAGCACUUCAGGAAAAGGUACAGGGACAACACAAGGACACAGAGUAAGAGAUAAGCAAAAGCCACAAGGAGAGCAGCAAAAGUCAACAGAGUUGGUAGGGGCUAGAGGAAAAUCAAAGCUUCCUGUAAAGGCCAGCUCAGUAAAAGAAGUCUUUUCACAAAGUAAUCUCCAAAGCAGUACAGGGAGUAAAGUGAGAGGGGCUAGUAAGCCUGACAAAGCAAAACAAAACAAUUCUCCCUGUCUAGAAGCAAGGUCUAGGAUUCCUGUAAAAAAUACACAUAGGAGUAAUCUAGCUAGAAGAACUCCAGCCCUGCCAAAACAAGAGCAGGUAGAGAAAGAAAAACCAAAACAGCUUCCUUCUAAAUUACCAGUAAAGGUAAGAUCUACCUCCGUCACCAUGACAACAGUUAAAGUAAGGAAAAAUCAGCUUAGGGAGGUAUGUAAACAUUCUAUUGAAUAUUUUAAGGGAAUUAGUGGUGAGACAUUAAAGCUUGUGGAUCGUCUAUCUGAUGAAGAGAAAAAGAUGCAGUCAGAGGUCUCUGAUGAUGAAGAAGACAGUACAUCAAGGAACACAUCUUUUUCAGAAGCUACUCAAGUUUACCAGCCUUCCAUUACAUCGAAGUCUGCUAGAGACAUGAGAACAGAGGCAGCACCUAUAAAAUCAAAGAUUGAAAAGGCCGACAGUGAGAGGAGGAGGAGUAAGAGGACUGGUCCACAGAGUCCAUGUGAACGGACAGAUAUAAGGAUGGCAAUUGUAGCCGAUCACCUAGGACUUAGCUGGACAGAACUGGCAAGAGAAUUGAACUUUUCUGUGGAUGAAAUAAAUCAAAUCCGAGUAGAAAAUCCAAAUUCUCUUAUUGCUCAAAGCUUCAUGUUAUUGAAAAAAUGGGUUACUAGAGAUGGGAAAAAUGCUACAACUGAUGCCUUAACGUCUGUAUUGACAAAAAUUAAUCGAAUAGAUAUCGUGACCCUGUUGGAAGGACCAAUAUUUGAUUACGGAAAUAUAUCAGGCACCAGAAGUUUUGCAGAUGAAAAUAACAUUUUUCAUGAUCCUAUUGAUGGUUGGCAGCCUGACUCGUCAAGUGUCACCGAGCCACCGACAUCAGGACGCAGAAUAGGUGGUAGCCUGCUAGAUCGCUUGGACGAUAGUUCGGACCAAUGUAGGGAUUCUGUUACCUCAUAUAUCAAAGGAGAAGCAGGGAAGCCAGAAACAAAUGGAAGCUUAUCCGAAUCCACAGCAGAGGCGAAAACUAAAUCCUACAUCCAGGAAUCUUUAAAUGAUGUGGGAAAACAGAGUGACAAAGAAGCCCUGAAAGCAAAGCCGCAAAUUUCAGCUGGUACUGAUGAGCAAACAUUAUCAUCAACAGCAUAUCAGAAAUCUUUGGAAGAGAUUAGCAAGCCAACAACAGAAGGCAACAAAACAUCUGUGCCUGUCAGUGUGAAGAAGAUGAGCUGGAGUACUUCUGAGGAUGGCAAGCCAAGAGCAAGCAUCCAAGAGGAGGAGGGAGCAGUAAUGUCUGAACAGAAGCAGGGAGAAGCUUAUAAGGUUAAGACGAAGAAAGAAGUCAGACAUGUGGAGAAGAAGAGUUACUCGUGAAAGCUGAAAGCCGACCACUGAACGGACUGUGUGCUUUUACUGCCAGUAUUCCAGAGGGACGCUCACGGAAGAAAAAUCAACAGGAAUUAAACAUUCACAUAUAAAAGUGUGCGUGUGUUUGCUGCUUCCACACAUUAACCGCAUGGUUUUUAUGCAAAGAGAAAAACAAACAAAAAAAAAAGAGAAAAACAAACAAAAAAAUUAAUUUAGCAUGAGCCAAUUUACAGAGCAUGGAAAUUUCACGUUCAUUCCCAGGAUUGGAGGGUGCACAGUUACCAAUGUAGUGUAUAUACAAGAUGCCAUGCUGUUAACAGCUUCUUUCAAGCAGUUUGAUGUCAUCUCAAAAGAAAUAAAUUCCUGUGGCCAGAGGGGACGUAUGAAGACGAAAUGGUUAAACCAUGGAAAGACACUAAAAUUACUAAAAUCCACAACAGCUCGCCUUAUUUUUCUUGGACCCAAACUGUCAGGGUAUAAAACACUAUUUGUUUCUUUUUUAAACAUCAAUAGUUUUGCUGUAAAUAAGUAACACUGUAUAAAUUCUAACAAAAUAGAAUAAAUGUUGAUAAGGCACUGCCUUUUCGAUCACAAACAGAAUAUUGCAAACGCAUUGAGCAGGCUAGGUGUCUCAAACGGCUGCACCUACAGGGAUAUUCUGGGUGUAUCUUCACGGAUUCUUGUAUAUUAGCAAUUAUAAUGUUUGUAUAUGCAAAAACGCUAGCUUGAUUUUAAAAAAAUCUUUAAAAUCUGCUGCAAAUUUAAAUGAUUCCCAAAAUGAGGAAUUCUGUAGUUCUGUGAAAAUUUUUCUUCAGAGUACUAAUAUUUUGAUGCAUGUGUUUCACCUUAUUUUGAUUAAAUCUUUUCCAGUUUUGCAAACACUAUACCGCAACAUGAAAAAUAAGAUUUUAUCUGUAAACACAAAGCCCUUCAUCUAAUAUUUGUUGCUGUUGCCAAUUUUUCAAUGAAAUGACCUAAAACCCAUAACAUAUACAGUAGUUGCAUUACGGGGAGGGGGGUGCUAUCUGUUCUCGCUUUAUAACGGGGGUAAUGCUUGCAGCUUUAGAAGUUGGGUUGGUGCUCUGAGGAGCACAAGUUUGGGAUAUUUUUAAAUGAACUGAAGAGAAAUUAUUAGCUAAUAGACUGGCAGCACGCUGUAAAAUUAUUACUGUAUUGUGUACUGGCUAUAAGAUGUAGAAUCUUUCAGUAAGCCAAUCAUCUGUAAUCAUCCUAGCAGUGUAAUAUUAGGUUGUUAAGGCUGCUGUGUUUUAAAGGGCAUUUUUAUUUGGGUUUUGGUGAAAUACUUUAAUUUGUUGAUUAUAUUCAUAUGGAAACAGCAUUCAUUGAUAAUAGCUCUAAUUACAUAUGUAUGAAAACAACAAACACUGGAUGAUCUAGUUGAUUAUUUAAGCAUAAAAUAAAUUGUGUUAAAACUC